AGCGGUGUGCUUUUGCCCACGUGCGCAGCUCACGAGAAAUGAGGGGUUUCUUUUCUUUUUAGGCUCCUAAACAACUAAACUCAGCAAAUACCCCUCGCCAGAAACUUUUUGCUUAAAUUUUUUUUCUUUCCAUUAAGACAUAUUUCCAAGAAUUCUUCGCACUCAAUCUCAAUCACAUCACGACUGUCGCAAUGAACGUCUUCCAAGAACAACGCGGAAUGAUCUCUCUUUUCGCCUCCGAAGGCAAAAGAGAGGGAGCGAUUGUUGCCGUCAUCCUCGAGGAACUCAAACUCCCCUACCGCCUUCACCUGGUCGGAAAACCAGAAGAGAUUGAUGCGAAAAGCCUCCCGGUGCUCAGGAACAUCCAAAGCGAUGGCGAGUCCGUCGAUCUUUCCGGGUUCCACGAUGUUGUGUCAUACCUGAUUGCGCGCUAUGACACAGCGCACGAAGUUUCCUAUAAGAAGGGCUCUAAGGAGGAUGAGGAGGUCAAUAUAUUAGUCGCAUCUUUAACUGAGCCCAAUGCAGCCCAUCCGGAAGAGCACCGCUUCGACCUCGAUGCAAAGGAUGACGGCAUCCCCUUUGCCAGAAAGGCUAUUAGCCUGUAUCUUCACCUUGAGCAGCAUCUGCAGAAGUCGCACAGUAACUACCUGGUGGGCAAGAAAUGCACCCUUGCCGAUCUCCUCCACCUUCCCUACGUGGCUGCCGCAGGCUCAGCUGGCCUUGACCUGGAGAGAUUCCCGGAGCUGACAAUAUGGUACGAUCGGGUGUACCAGCGACCGGCAGUGCAGAAAGGCUUCGCUGCUGUUCAUAUGAAGAUCCGGGGGUAGAAUUGCUCACUUAUCACUAACUGAUCACGGUAUUAGUUGUCAGUUGGCAGAGGCUGAAGUGUGUAGUGGACCUUUCGCCCCUUUACUUUUCUUCAUAAUUGUAACCAC